CACUGCCAUGUCGCCACACGACCUUCGUUGGCAUGUGACGGUCUUGUUUGCAUCCCUGAACCAGGUUGGAUCAACGUUUUCAACCCUUCCACCGGAGAAUUCAUCAGAUUCCCUUCCGGCCCUGAUCCCGUAAAAACCCAACACUAUAAUAACCUAUUUAGUGAUAUAUUCCCUGGACACUGGAGGAUGGGAUUCGGUAGAGACAAAGUUAACGGAAGCUAUAAAGUAGUGAGGAUGUUCUUUGAGCCAAACCACUACGGUGAGAUUCUUGAUUUAAACAUUGGGGAAUGGCGGAAACUGCCGAGGCCGCCUCCUCACCAUGUGGGAGAGACAUCGAACUCAGCGUGUGUGAAUGGCUCCAUCUACUGGUUAUGUGAAGCUGCUUAUCACAAGUAUCGGAUUCUAGCUUUGGAUCUUCACACACAAGAGUUCUGUGAUGUCCCAACACCGCCUUUAUUACGUCAAACAGUGAUGCAAACAGAGAGGCUAGCAAACCUUGAAGACCGUCUAGUCUUAUCCAUAUUCAGUCCUCAACGCAUGAUAGAGAUAUGGUGCAUGGAUACACAAGAAGAAACAUGGAUCAUCACUUACUCCUUUUACUUUUAUCGUGCCUCACUCUACCGAAAUCCCUGGAAUUACACGCAUAUGUGGUUCAUGCCUAUGGCUGUUUCUAAGGGAGGGAAUCUUUUCCUCCAUGAAGAUAGAAAACAGUUGAUUAAAUACUAUCCAAAGACAGGGUUUCACAUCUCUACAAACAUUUGUGUUAUAUCUCCUUUCGUUGAAAAUUUGCUCCCACUCCAACGUCCCGCUUCUGCUCCAGAAAUCAGGACGUAUCUGUACCGAAAACAGGUGCAGGAAUCACGGAUUUCCAAACGGUUUAGGCAUAUCGAAUGGUGGAUCCCAAAUAUAUUGAUUACAAUCACUGUUGCAGCUACUAUAUUGCAUCGUAUCGUUCAUUAUUGA